AUGCCGUCUACCUUCCGGUGUUUACGUGAUUCCGUCUAUCGCCUUCGAUUGCUACGUGUCUAUGUCCGCUUACGCCUAGUGCCUUCGGUUGCUUGCGUUUGGUUUGGAGUUGAUGGUGACAUAGAGGGUGAUGGUGAAAUAAAGGUUGAUGUUGACUUAGAGAAUGAAGAUCAAUUUGAUGUAGGAGAUGAUGGUGACUUUCUUAUCAAUAUCAAAGAGGACAAUGUGCAUUAUGAUAAUGAUUAUAAGGAUCUUGAUUUUCAUUUGAGUGCUGAUGGAGAUAUAGAGGAUGGUGGUGAAAUAAAGGUCGAUGUUAAUUUAGAGAAUGAAGAUUGGUUUGAUACAAAAGGUGUUCAUGGUGAGGAUGGUGGUGAAAUAAAGGUUGAUGUUGUUUUAAAGAAGAUUAGUUUGAUAUAA